CAACAUAGUACUCCCGCAGGGGCCAAUGUACUUCCCCGCAUCUCUCCUCAGCCAUGGUUAGUGCGAAUACCGUGUUGGGCCAACCAAAAUGGAAGUAAAGUUGUGCAGAUACCCCGUGGCCAAGAUUGCUGCGUUAUACCAUUACCUGAUGGUGUAACGUAUGUAAGUAGCUUCCAUUGAAGAUGUCAUUUAUUAUGAACAGAUGGCUUGCUGUGGUGAUUGUUGUAAUUGCAUGUGUCUGACUGUAGGUCACUGCUGAAGCUGCAACAGAGCUUAUGGAGCUCAAUGCUGGGUUGAAUGCCGUACUAUUUUCAACAGCAUUGGAAGCAAGCAUAGAGAUCAGGCGCCUACGGGAAGAGAAUGAGCGAUUGAAGAACACAUCGGGAACAGGCAUUGCAAGUUCGGGCCUUGCUGAAGACGUGGUGGAACAGCGAACAGAACAUGAGUUUCGCACAAAAAUGCAACACGACACACGUAGAAAAGGAAAGACCAAAGUUGUGCUACCACAGGAGCAUGAAGAAGAUGCGGAAGAGGAAGAACAAGAGGAAGGAGAGGAAGAAGAGGAAGGAGAGGAAGAAGAGGAAGAAGAUCAGGAACAAGAUGAGGAGGAAGAGGAAGAAGAUCAGGAACAAGACGAAUCUUGGAUGGACGAGAAAGAGGUUGAGUCUGAGGAUGAGGAAGAGGAUGGCCAUGAGGAGGGGGCCACAUCUAAGGGUAAGCCGGAUGCAAAACAACACUCCACAGAAGAAAAUCGCAAGGGUGAGAAAAGUCUUCGUUCACGUAACCCAAAGAGAAAGAAAACGAAGUAAAUUAAGGAUAUGACUAAAUUGUUCGAAUGAAUGGGAAAUUUUGUAAUAUAAUAUGUAUACUUUAUUGCCCC